CGCGUCAUCUGGCAAGGCAGUGGGCACCGGGUCACCAGGCAUUGGAUUGUCUGGCUCGGCAGCGGGCAUCGGGUCACCAGGUAUGACAGCGGGCACUGGGUCACCAGGCAUCAGGUCAUUUAGCUCGCCAGCGGGCACCGCGUCAUCUGGCAAGGCAGUGGGCACCAAGUCACCAGGCACGACAGCGGGCUCUGAGUCAACUGGCAAGACAGCGGGCACCAGGUCAUCAGGUACCGGAUUGUCUGGCUCGACAGCGGGCAUCGGGUCACCAGGCAUCAGGUCAUUUGGCUCACCAGCGAGCACCGCGUCAUCUGGCAAGGCAGUGGGCACCGAGUCACCAGGUACGACAGCGGGCUCUGAGUCAAUUGGCACGACAGCGGGCACCGGAUCAGGUACCGGAUCAUCUGGAUCAACAGCGGGCAUCGAGUCAACUGGC